AUGACACACCUCUGGCUGCUGUUAUUUCUAAACACAUGGCUUCAAAGUAAAGCUCAGGGUUUUGGCAUUAAUCUGAUUAAAGUGCCAGACGAUGAUCGGGCACAAAUUGUAUGCACCGUCGCUCUGCUGGGCAAAUAUUUUCAUUCCGGCGAAGCUCUCUCAGGCUCUGUGCUGCACAUGAGCAUUACCUCAGCCUCCAUACAUGUACAGGAAUCUUUACUGCAAUCUCUACAUUCCGAUCCCAAUUAUCAUUGGACCAUAGUGGUGAAAGACACGCAUCGUGAUAGUGAUGUGGAAGUAAAGACCCAACCAGUUUUGCAUGAAAAGCCCCAGUGUUAUUUUUUCGUCAUUGAAAAUAUGGAAGAUGAAGAUAUGGAUGAAAUAUUUGAAAGUUGGAAGGCCAAUUUAAAUUGGAAUCCUUUGGCUCAGUUUGUGGUGUACUUUUCGGCGGUGGAGGAGACCGAAGAGGAAAUGACAGAUAUAAUGAUAGAGAUUUUAUUGAAUUUUAUGAACAAGAAAAUCUAUAAUGUGAAUAUUAUUGGACAAAGUGAGGAGAGCAGUUUCUAUUUCGGCAAAUCGGUAUUUCCCUAUCAUCCGGAUAAUAAUUGUGGCAAUCGGGUUAUAUCGAUAGAGACCUUGGAUAUUUGUGACUAUCAGGAAAGUGAAAGAGAUGAUGAAGAGGAGGAAGGGGAAGAAGAUGAAGAAAUUGAAACAGAAGCGGAAGAGGAAGAAGGAGAAGUUGAAGAGAAAAACACAGAUAAUCAAAACUCUUUUACAUCUAAUGAAAAUAAAGAACAGGAGGCUGAAGAGGAUAAAGCAAAUGAAGAGGAGACAGAGGAUGAAACCAAAACUGAAAAUAUUCCUAAAUCUGAUGAAGUUGAAGAAAAUGCAGCAGAUGAAGAACAGAAAGAGGAACAUACCGAAACAGUGUCUGAAUAUCCCAAACUUUAUAUCGAAGAAUUAUAUCGUGCUUUAUUCUUGGAUAAAUUUCCCAAAGACUUAAGUGGUUGUCCCCUAGUAGCUGCUUAUCGUCCCUGGGAACCCUACAUAUUUAACGAAGCUUUAGACAACAGUCUCUAUACAACGUCAACAGAUAGUGAUGCGAAUAAUCAUACCUCUUACAAUAGCACCUACGGCGGAGAGGAGGAAAUCGAUGCAGAUGAUGAGGAUAAUGAUGAUUAUGUGGUUUAUAAUGAACAGCAGGAUGGAGAAGCGGAAGCACAGGGUGCUUCAUCGGAAAUUCGUCUUAAUGGUAUUGAGUAUAAAAUGAUACAAACGAUAGCGGAACGUUUGCAUAUUAGCAUUGAAAUGCAAGUGGAGAACACAAAUCUAUAUCAUCUUUUCCAGCAGCUGAUAGAUGGCGACAUUGAAAUGGUGGUGGGUGGCAUCGAUGAAGAUCCCAGCAUAAGUCAAUUUGUGUCCAGCACCAUACCCUAUCAUCAAGAUGACUUGACGUGGUGUGUGGCCAAAGCCCAACACACCCACAAUCUAUUCAACUUUAUGAAUACAUUUCAAAUUGGAGCCUGGAUAUUGACACUACUCUUUAUACUAGCAGCCUCAUUGAGUAUUUUAAUGUCGCAGCAAUGUCUUAAAUUGCGUUUGGGUUUCCUCAAAAGCUACUUCAGCAUCAAUGUCUAUGUAAUGGGCAUUAUACUCAGUCAGGCCAUAAACUUGAGGCCAAUACCAACUAGCUUAAAGUUGUGUUUCGGUGCCACGUUUUUCAUGGGCCUCAUGUUUAGCAAUAUCUAUCAGAGUUUUUUGGUCAGCACAUUGACAACGCCCAAGUCAUCGUAUCAAAUUAGCCAUUUGAAUGAGAUUUAUCAAAAUCGUAUGCACAUCAUGGGCAGUGUGGACAAUGUAAGACAUUUAAAUAAGGAAGGAGAGAUCUAUCGUUAUGUGCGCGAACAGUUUCAAAUGUGCUACAACAUUGAAGAGUGCUUGCAACGUGCCGCUAAAGACACAAAACUGGCUGUGGCCGUUUCGCGCCAACACUCCUUUUACAAUCCACGUAUACCGCGCGACAGUCUCUAUUGCUUUGACCGCAACGAAAACAUUUACGUGUAUCUGGUGACAAUGUUGAUGCCAAAGAAAUUUCAUUUGUUGCACAAAAUCAAUCCGGUCAUACAGCAUAUUAUUGAAUCAGGUCACAUGCAAAAAUGGGCACGAGAUUUAGACAUGCGCCGCAAGAUUAGCGAUGAAAUACAACGUGCUCGCGAGGAACCGUUCAAGAGUCUGACACUGUCGCAAGUUGGUGGUAGUUUUGCAUUCAAUGGCCUGUUAUUGCUGUUCGCCUCAUGGAUGUUUGCCAUGGAACAUGCGGUUUAUUGGUGUGUAGUGAAACGUAGGACCAGAUUAAAAUUGGCUAAAUAUAUGCAUAGGAAAUUGGUUUAAAUUGAGUUUGAGAGGGAGAGAGAGUAGGAUAUGCAUACAAGUA